UUUCGAUGGGGAGAGUUUUUCUGGAACAUCUCGGUGGGAGCAUGAUUUUUUCAUGCGGCCAAUGUAAAGCAUAUUUGACCAAUGAAGAUGAAUUGAUCUCAAAGCAUUUCACCGGUUCCACAGGGCCUGCUUUCUUGUUCAAUCAGGUUGUUAACGUUGAAUACUCAGAGACGCAAAUGCGCACGAUGAUCACUGGGCGUCAUAUUGUUCGCGAUGUCAGUUGCAAACGGUGCAAGGCGAAACUUGGGUGGAUGUAUGAAUAUGCAUUAAGUGACCCACAGAGAUAUAAAGAAGCCAAAGUUAUAUUGGAAAGAGCUCUUAUAGAUGUAACCGAAGGAAUGGGGCGAUAUUUUUAUGAACAUUUGGGUGGAAAACGUAUUUUUUCUUGUAGUCGGUGUGAAGUUUACCUUUCCAACAGGAGUGAAGUUAUUGCUACAAACUUCCGAGGAAAUACAGGACGUGCUUUUUUGUUCCGACGAGUAGUGAAUAUCAGAGAGUCGCAGAAAGAGUCUAGGGAAAUGCUGUCUGGCAUUCAUGUUGUUCGAGAUGUAUUCUGUAAAAGAUGCGAUUUGAAAUUGGGCUGGAUGUAUGAAUAUACCGUCGCAAAUAAUCAACGUUACAAAGAAGGAAGGAUUAUUUUGGAGAGGAAAUUGGUUAGUGAAUCCGAAGUUGUUAACGAAAAGUUAGCGGAACGACAAGAUGAUGAUGAUAGUGUUAGCGGUUAUAGUUCAGAUAAUAGUAACGGUUAUAUGUAAAU